UAUAUAGACAAGUAGGGUGAGAACCACAGAAAAGUUUUACAAAACAGAAAGCAGCAUUUGGCUCCGUGUGCUUCCUAUUGCUGAUAGUCUCCAGUUUCUUCAUUCUAAAGAAAUCAUGUCUGACAGUAAAAUCCCGCACUAUGAUUGCGGCACAUUACUGUUUAACAUUACCACCUCCACGCUCAGCAAAGCGCAGAAGCGAUGGCGUCUCGCUUACUGGACUAUCUAUUCUUUCCGGGCUAUGCUUUCUCUAAUACCCAAAAUUCAAAAUGAUUUGGAGAUAUUGCAGAAUCCUCGUUACAUUUCUCUUGAUAUGCAGCCUAGCAGUUCCCACGAUGAGGUUAAGGAAGUUGUGUCCUACUCCAUUGACCCCAAUGUUGAUGACAAGAAGCUGACGGAGAUGGUGAAGAAUAAAGAUUUGCUUUCUCUUCGCCUUCUUGGAGGAGUUGAAGGUGUGGCCACGGCUCUUGGGACAAAUCCCGAAAAGGGAAUCAACGGUGACAAUGAAGAUAUUAGUAAGAGGUCUCAACUUUUUGGCAGUAAUACUUAUCAUAAGCCACCUCCAAAAGGCUUUAUAUAUUUUGUUAUGGAUGCUUUUAAAGAUACCACCAUUCUUAUCCUUCUGGUGUGUGCUGCUCUGGCUCUUGGUUUCGGCAUUAAAGAGCACGGGGUGGAAGAAGGUUGGUAUGAAGGUGGAAGUAUAUUUGUAGCUGUGUUUCUGGUUGUUGUUGUAUCAGCUCUCAGCAACUACAGACAAGAAACUCAAUUUGAUAAGCUAUCAAAAAUAAGUAAAAAUAUCAAAGUUGAAGUUGUUAGAGACGCUCGCCGUCAACAAAUCUCCAUAUUUGAGCUUGUGGUUGGAGAUGUUGUGUUCCUGAAGAUUGGUGAUCAGAUUCCUGCAGAUGGCUUGUUCUUGGAUGGAUAUUCUUUGCAAGUAGACGAGUCGAGUAUGACAGGGGAGAGUGAUCAUGUUGAAGUUGAUUCCGAACAUAAUCCUUUCUUGUUCUCCGGAUCAAAAGUAGCAGAUGGAUGUGCUCAAAUGCUGGUCGUGUCUGUCGGGAUGAACACGCAAUGGGGUGAAAUGAUGAGCUCAAUAUCCGGUGAUUCAAAUGAAAGAACUCCAUUACAAGCUCGGCUUGACAAGCUAACCUCCUCAAUUGGAAAGGUAGGCCUCACAGUCGCUUUCCUAGUUCUUGUAGUUCUAUUAGCUCGUUAUUUCACUGGGAAUACAAAAGAUGAUAAUGGGAAUAAAGAGUAUACUGGCAGUAGUACAGAUUUAGAUGAUGUUUUCAAUUCAGUUGUACGUAUUGUUGCGGUUGCAGUCACCAUUGUUGUUGUGGCAAUCCCAGAAGGCCUACCGUUGGCUGUAACUCUCACACUUGCUUAUUCAAUGAAGAGAAUGAUGGCGGAUCAGGCAAUGGUAAGAAAACUUUCGGCUUGCGAAACAAUGGGCUCAGCCACUGUUAUUUGUACUGACAAAACAGGCACACUGACAUUAAAUCAGAUGAAAGUUACAAAAUUUUGGCUUGGCCAAGAACCCAUUGAAGAAGAAUCUUAUAAUGUAGUUGCUUCAAAUGUUCGCGAACUAUUUUACCAAGCAGUUGGUUUGAACACAACCGGUAGUGUUUCCAAACCUGUUUCAGGAUCCGUACCUGAAUUUUCUGGUAGUCCAACCGAGAAAGCGAUUCUUUCAUGGGCUGUUCAGGAAUUGGGUAUGGACAUGGAAAAGGUGAAGCAAAGAUACACCAUUCUCCAGUUUGAAACCUUCAACUCUACGAAGAAACGAAGCGGGGUUUCAAUUAAGAAAAAAGCUGAUAACACAAUUCAUGUACACUGGAAAGGAGCUGCUGAGAUGAUCCUAGCUAUGUGUUCACAUUAUUAUGAGAGCAAUGGGAUCAUAAAGACUAUGGAUGAAGAUGAGAGGAGCAAAAUGGAAAAUAUAAUCCAUGGAAUGGCAGCAAGUAGCCUGAGAUGCAUUGCCUUUGCUCACAAACAAAUUUCAGAAGAAGAAUUGGAGUACAAUGAAGACGGGAAGAUCCAUCAAAAGCUGAAAGAAGAUGGCUUGACCUUCCUGGGAAUCAUUGGUCUCAAGGAUCCAUGUCGACCAGGGGUCAAGAAAGCCGUGAAUAUUUGCAAAUCAGCUGGAGUUGACAUCAAAAUGAUCACUGGGGAUAAUGUCUUCACAGCAAAAGCUAUAGCCACGGAAUGCGGAAUUCUAAAUUUGAAUCACCAAGUGGAAAGUGGAGAGGUGGUAGAAGGCAUAGAAUUUCGAAACUACACAAAUGAAGAGAGAAUGGAGAAGGUCGAAAAGAUACGAGUAAUGGCAAGGUCUUCUCCGUUUGACAAACUUUUAAUGGUACAAUGCUUGAAACAGAAUGGUCAUGUAGUUGCAGUCACUGGAGAUGGCACGAACGACGCCCCUGCACUAAAAGAAGCUGAUAUAGGACUUUCUAUGGGCAUUCAAGGCACUGAGGUGGCGAAAGAAAGCUCAGAUAUCGUCAUAUUAGAUGAUGACUUCAUUUCUGUGGCCACCGUUCUAAGGUGGGGACGAUGUGUUUAUAACAACAUCCAAAAAUUCAUCCAAUUCCAACUGACUGUCAAUGUUGCAGCACUAGUGAUUAAUUUCAUUGCAGCUGUUUCUGCUGGUGAAGUUCCUCUAACUGCAGUACAAUUGCUGUGGGUGAACCUCAUCAUGGACACACUAGGAGCUCUGGCGCUGGCUACCGACAGGCCAACUGAUGAACUAAUGAAGAAGUCCCCCGUGGGUCGUACUGAGCCCCUUAUAACAAACAUUAUGUGGAGGAAUCUUCUAUUUCAAUCCUUAUACCAGAUAGCAAUCCUAUUGACUUUACAGUUUAAGGGCGAGUCCAUCUUCAAUGUGAUUGCUGAAGUAAAUGAUACACUGAUUUUCAACACCUUUGUUCUUUGCCAAGUUUUCAAUGAGUUCAAUGCAAGGAAGUUGGAGAAACAGAAUGUAUUUGAAGGCAUUCACAAGAACCGAUUGUUCCUCGGAAUCGUGGGAAUAACUAUAGUUCUUCAGGUUGUGAUGGUUGAGUUCCUGAAGAAGUUUGCUGAUACAGAGAGGUUGACUUGGAAGCAAUGGUUAAUUUGUAUUGCAAUAGCAGCCGCCACAUGGCCAAUUGGUUGGGUUGUGAAGUUGAUACCAGUUACAGAGAAACCAUUCUUCAGUUAUCUCAACAAGUCAAAACUGGUUUUCAUAUGGUUAAAGAAGACUCUCUACCACAAAAAGAAGGCAUCUUCCUCCAUGCUUGCAAUGGCAUGAAAGAUAUGGCAAUAUUUUAUUCAACCACAAUUUUGUGCUCUGCAUUACUUAACGGAUGUCAAACAAUCUUGGGCGUUUGGGCUUGAAGAAAGCAUAUUGAAUAAUUAGAGGCAUAGUAGAGUGAACUAUUCUUUCCCAAAUCCGAUUGUGGAUUGGAUAUUAUCUUCUAAAAUCGCAUACUGUUGUUAACUGUUUGGAAUUAGCGUUGUUUUAUGUAAAUCCUCUUUAUAUAAAAGAAGUGCUACGUUGUUUGACUGCUGUGGAUUUGGUGGUCUGGCUCAUGGUUAGGUUACACCCACCUCACCAUGGAUACUUCCUAGUAAAUUUUGGAUUGCCUUAAUUGAAUUUUGUUGUUUGAUAUGUUUUCUCAAUGUUAUAUAGAAAAGUUUCUCAAA